AUGAGUGGCAUCGAAAAAGACACUCUUGCAAAUCUUUACGAUUGGUUGGACACUAUCCCCUUUUCCAGACCGAAAAAAAAUUUAGCCCGAGAUUUUUCUGAUGCUCUCCUGACUGCAGAACUCAUCAAAUAUUUCUUUCCUGGAAUGGUAGAUCUUCACAACUAUCCUAGCACGCAUUCUAUGGAACAAAAAAAGAUCAACUGGUCUACUUUGAACAACAAAGUUCUCAAGAAAUUAGACUUCCCUUUAUCUGAAAUGACAAUUGCAGAACUGGCAAGCGCCAAACGAGAAACAACAGAAUACUUUUUAAAUACUUUAAGGGGAAAGAUUGACGAUUUUUUAAAAAACAAACCUCAGCGACUAAAAAGGAAGAAGGACCUUCGAAGGCAUGAAGCUCAUGGUAAAUUCAUUGAUGAAGUUGGCUCAUUUACCGAGCUAGGGACUGCUUCUAAAUGUAUAAGUGAGGACAUCAAAGAUACGACUGAAAGAAUAGAGCAAAAAGUUGGUAUAGAAAUUGGUAAAAAAAUGUGGUCUUUUCGAGAUUCGGAUUUGGAUACUGUGCCUCGAGAAGUUUAUGAACAAAAAGUUCAAGAACUUCUAGAAAGAGAUGAAACCAUUCAGGUUUUAAAAGCACGGAUCCAACGUUUGGAAUAUAUGCUUCAUCUGAAGGAUAUCACUAUAGCUAGGCAACAGCAACUUCUCGAUAAGGCAAAACCAGUUCAAAAUGUUACAGAUAAAAGUCCAACCAAGAAACUCAUACAAAGAUGA